CACAGCCUGCGGUUCUAGGAAGACGUUGCUUCCUGGAAGGGCUGGGACACAGAGGACAAAAGAUUAGGACGCUUGCCCCGCCCUCCCGGCCCGCCCCCUGCGCCCUUCCAGUCCGCCCGCGCUGCGGCUUCUCAGUCCCUGCCAGCCGACCGUGCGCCCCGGGAGUCUGUCCUCGAGCGCGAUCUGCGCCCACUGGCUCCCUGCAGCCUCCGCGGUCCCGUCGAGCCCCAACUCCCGAGCUGCCGCUGCCGCUGCCGCUGCCGGGACAUGGUCCUUUGCGUUCAGGGACCUUGUUCUUUGCUGGCUGUGGAGCAGAUUGGGCAGCGGCCCCUGUGGGCCCAGUCCCUGGAACUGCGUGAGCCAGCUAUGCAGCCCUUACCUGCCGGGGCCUUGCUGGGCGAAGUAGUAGAGGAGGCUCCAAGCAGGCCAGAGAGUGAACCCAAGGAACUGGACCCCGAAGAGGAUCUGCUGUGCAUAGCCAAGACCUUUUCCUACCUUCGAGAAUCUGGCUGGUACUGGGGUUCCAUUACGGCCAGCGAGGCCCGGCAACACCUGCAGAAGAUGCCAGAAGGCACAUUCCUAGUCCGUGACAGCACCCACCCCAGCUAUCUGUUCACGUUGUCAGUCAAAACCACCCGUGGUCCCACCAACGUGCGCAUUGAGUAUGCCGACUCCAGCUUCCGCCUGGACUCCAACUGCCUGUCCAGACCGCGCAUCCUGGCCUUCCCAGAUGUGGUCAGCCUUGUGCAGCACUAUGUAGCCUCCUGUGCUGCUGACACCCGGAGCGACAGCCCUGACCCUGCCCCCACCCCAGCGCUGCCUACCCCUAAGGAAGAUGUGCCCAGUGACCCAGCACUGCCCGCCCCUGUGGCCACUGCUGUGCACCUAAAACUGGUGCAGCCCUUUGUGCGCAGAAGCAGCGCCCGAAGCCUGCAGCAUCUGUGCCGCCUUGUCAUCAACCGCCUGGUGACCGACGUGGACUGCCUGCCACUGCCCCCGCGCAUGGCUGACUACCUCCGACAGUACCCUUUCCAGCUCUGACCCAGCCGGGCGUGCACCUUGCCCCACCUAGCCAUGCCAUGGAUGGGACACGGGCCCCAACUGUACUUGGGCUCCCACUCUCUCUCCAGUUAUCCUGGUGCCUGCAUGCAUCUGGCAGCUGGAUCAGGAAGAGCCAGAGGAACAAGGCUGGGAGCAAAGGGUAAUGGGAAGUGUCAUAAUUUGGAGGCCAUGCCCUCAGCUCCCCGAUAGUGCCACGUGGUGAGCCAUGUUUCAGAAGAAAGGAAGACAGUGGGACCUUGUCUCACCCUGUGGGCUGGGCCUGCCCCGGCCUCCUGAACUGUACAGACUUUUCCAGCCUGGUUUUUCAGUCCACAGGGCGGGGCAGGCCCCCUCCUUCCAGCCGGCCUCGUUCUCAGGAUGGAUUACAGCCAGAGAACUGAGGUUGGCCGUGGCAGUCCCCUGGUGGGGGAGCAGGUCAGGCUGGGGAACUGCACAUUUAUACAGUAUUUAUUUAUUUAUUCCUCUUCGGAUUGGUCUCGGGAUCAACCUCUCUGCCCUGACCGCUGAGUGUUCAGAGACCCCAGCUUCUCUGGUUCCUCCCUUCUCUGGCUCCGCCCACCCUGAGCUGUGUGGCUGGAUCCGAGGCAGACCUGGAUGUCUUGGCACUGACCGACCCACCUCUACAUGUGUCCUCUUCUGCCCCCAGCUCGGUUUUAGGAGGAUGGGCCAAUGGACAAGAAUAUGGAGUCAAAGUGUGCAGAGCCUGCUGCCCACCUCUGCAGGGCAGAGCCCUGUCUGCAGAGAGCUGGUCUCGGCGUGGCUCAGGUCUUGAGGGAGCGUAUGUGUGUGUCAGGAAGCAGGGUGCUGAUUCCAGGGUGCCGCUCCAGCCCUCCUGGGCCUACUUCCUGCCCUGGAAGUUACCUGCACAUGAGAGGGAAAGAAAUGCAGAUCUGAUAAUACUUUCUAAAACAAUUAUUAUAGCAGAAAAACAGUUUGGUCAUCUUUUUUUUCUUCCACUGACUUUUCUGUAAUGACAAUAAAAAUGGUACCUUUUGUUUAUG